GAAUGGAUUCGGCUGGGACAAAUACGAUAUAACAUGGUGAUAUUCGGUGGCAUUGAUGGCUACUCUAGGAAGAUCAUGUACCUCAAUGCUGGAUCCAACAACACAGCAAGCACUGCACUUCAGUAUUUUCUGGAUGGAGUGAGGAGAUUUGGAUGGCCUUACAAGGUAAGAGGUGACCAGGGUGUUGAAAAUGUCAGCAUUGCACAGAUGAUGUUCACUGUGAGAGGCACAGGACAUGGAAGCUUUAUAAGUGGAAAAAGCGUGCACAACCAGAGAAUCGAACGUCUAUGGAGGGACGUUUGGACAGGAGUUACACACAUUUACUAUGACGUAUUACACAACCCGGAGGAAGAUGGAUCCCUCGACAUCUCGGAUAACCUUCAUCUCUUCUGUGCUCAGUACACCUUCCUCCCCCGACUCAAGGCUGAUUUGGCCAAGUUUUCUGCCGGAUGGAAUGAUCAUCCUAUCAGGACAGAGGGCUUCCUUUCCCCAAACCAGCUAUGGGAGCUUGGGAUGCUGCAGCACCCCAUCAGAGAGCCUGAGAUGUCUCAGGAAAAUGUGGCAGGUCUCCAAAUUGAGCAUAUUGAUUGGGAGAGCUCAGUGCUCUCUCAUGACAACUCUGCUAACCCAGGUGUUACCGUGCCAGAAAUUGAAUGUCCAUUGAAGACCGAGGACAUUGAAGCUCUAUGUCUUGCCGUUGAUCCCCUUUCUCAUUCAAUUAGUUUUGGAAGAGACAUUUAUUUGACCACGCUUGCACAUGCCUUGUACCUACUUCACCAUCAUUGACAGUCGUGUACCAAUCCGAGAAACUAAUUGAAACUAAAUAAAUAACAAA